AUGGUGAGGAAGCACGGUUGGCAACUCCCAGCUCACACACUUCAGGUGAUUGCGAUUACGGUGUUCUGUUUGUUGGUGGUGGCUUACUAUGCUUUCUUCGCUCCUUUUGUCGGAGGCCGGAUUUGGGAGUACGUUUUGGUCGGUGUUUACUCUCCGGUGGCUAUUCUUGUUUUCGUUCUGUAUGUUCGGUGUACUGCAAUCAAUCCUGCGGAUCCAAGAAUCAUGUCAAUAUUUGAUACAGGCAUAGACAGAGCUGAUAUGGAUCAUGCAUUAUCGGCUAAGGAUAUCUCCAGGAAUUUUGAUGAAACUGGGAGUCAGUUGCAGUCUUCUCCAUCAGUUGUCAGCAGGAGUUCUACCUUAGCACCAAACUCUAGUGUGAAAGGUUCUGUAGGAGAUGCUCAAAGAAUUGACACUCAGCCUAAAAAAUAUUGCUAUAAUCCUCUGGCUAUCUUCUGCUGCGUGUUUGUUCUUGAAGACUGCCGAAAACAGGAAGAGACGGCUGAACAACAAGGAAACAGCGAAGAGGCUCUGUUUUGCACAUUGUGCAAUUCUGAGGUACGCAAGUUCAGCAAGCAUUGUCGGAGUUGUGAUAAAUGUGUUGAUGGUUUUGAUCACCAUUGCAAGUGGCUUAACAAUUGCGUUGGUCGUAAAAACUACAUAACUUUCAUCUCUCUGAUGACUGCCAGUCUUCUCUGGCUCGUUAUUGAAGCAGCAGUUGGAAUUACAGUUAUAGUGCGUGUAUUUGUUAAUAAGAAGAGCAUGGAAACCGAAAUUGUCAAUAGACUUGGAAAUUGUUUCUCUCGUGCACCGCUUGCAGCAGUUGUUGGUCUUUGCACUGCUGUUACCAUUUUAGCAUGUUUUCCACUUGGUGAACUUCUCUUUUUCCACAUGCUCCUCAUUAAAAAGGGGAUAACAACAUAUGAGUAUGUUGUGGCGAUGAGAGCCAUGAGUGAGGCUCCAGCUGGAGCAUCUGUUGAUGAGGAAAUUCAGGAUGUGCUCUAUUCUCCCACCGGGUCCACCACAACCGGCUUUAGUGGUGGAAGCUCUCUCGGUCUACCAUACAAGGGGGUCUGGUGCACGCCACCUAGAGUGUUUGUUGAUAAUCAGGAUGAAGUCAUUCCCCAUUUAGACCCUCACACGAUCCCGUCGACUGUAGAUCCAGAUGCAGCAGAGAGAGGCAUCAAGGCUCCAAGAAGACCCAUCAAACGUAGUGCAUGGAAGCUCGCCAAAUUGGAUGCUACUGAAGCUGCAAGGGCAGCUGCCAGAGCCAGGGCAUCCUCAUCUGUCCUAAGACCGAUAGACAAUCGCCAUUUGCCUGAUCAUGAACUUAGUUCCAGUGGCACAGCUAGUAUCAUCAGUAGUGUAAGCACAGAUGCGAAUGUGGCAACAAGAAAAGAGAUACAGAACAAUGAUCCAAGGUCAUCUCUAUCUAGAAAGUCGUUUGCUCCAAGCCAAGGUAGCCGGGAUGAGUAUGACACAGGGAGCCAUUGUUUGAGCAAUUUUAGCAGUUCAGGCGAUGUUCACGAGUCUGUCACACUUGCUCCUCUCCCUCAGAAUCCUACGUUAAGUGGCCAUCGCUUCCCUGGAACAACUCAUCACAUGCACUCGACGUUUGAUGAAAAAGUGCUGCAUAGAGGAAACGACACUGAUCCACUGUUUAACUCUGCACCCGCAACUUCUCUUCUGAGAGAUGUGAGGAAGACGUCAGUUGUUUGGGAUCCAGAAGCUGGGAGAUAUGUAUCAGCUCCUGUAACAACAACAUCUGACGUACGCAACAGAUUAACCUCUCAGAACCUGCCAAAUUCAAGACUCAUUGUUCCACCGCAAGAUUCUUCUUUUGGAUCAUCAGCACUAAGGGCUCCUCUCCCUCUGCACGAAGCCGAGAGAAGACUGACAUAUACAGGUGACUCUAUCUUCUUUGGAGGACCUCUGAUUAAUAUMCCAACUAGAGAUAACCCGCGCGAAAGGAGCUCGGUAAGGGAAGGACAAGAAAGAUUGGCAUCAACACUUCACCGAGAUGCAAGAUUCAGAAGGGAUUCAACCUCAAACCAGCUUCCGGUGUUUACCCCUGGAGGUCACGGGACAAACUCGCAACCUGGUUCUACCAUCAAGUAG